AUGGAAGUGUCGAGCCAAGUCCACGAGCAGGCGUGUAUGUCGGACGAGAACAGCCCGCAGAGAGAUUUGGACCGAUGGGUGCAGAUGGCCCGAUACGUUCUACGGACGACAGAGGUCGUGUUGGAUGUGGACGCGGACGUGGCUAUGGUCGUGCUCACGGCAGUAGCAGAGGCAGAAGAGAUUACCGCGGAGAAGGUGGUGGCCGAGAAGACGGCGCAUCUAGAUAUGCUCAGACUGGUCGGGGAGGGCGCGAUGGGAGAGGCCAAUGCAGCCCACCAGGUGGCGAACCGCGUUGGCCGUAGAGCGACACCUGGGGUGGAGAUGGAAAUGGUGCGGCCGAGGGGCUUCAGAGCUUGGGGACACACGUAG